GAAUUUUAAUUAAUUAAGAAAAACAUAAGAACCACAGAAUAAAAUACAAAUAGUUUUGAAGUUAAGUUUAAGGUUUUGCUUCUGAUGAACAAUACAUUUAAACUUCAAAUAUAGAAUCUUAAAAACUUUAAAAUAAAGUAUUUUUUUGGAGAUACUCUAACUUAAUAAAAUUUUAUACCAUACACUGUCGCUGACUAUGCAUGGGCCUGGGGAGAGGUGGUAGGUAUGGGCAUGGAACAAAUAUUAGCAACAUUUUCUAUUAUUUUUAAUUUAUUUCGUAUGUUACUGAUAUCUAUUUUUUAAUUUGUUUUGCGUCAAAAAAAUAUAGAUAUCAAGAUAACCAAAUAUUCUAUUUUAUUUUCUUGAUUUUGUGAACAGAAUUUGUUAAAAUCUUGUUAGAAUAAUAGUUAUAUAAACUUAUAUAUGUAAUAUUCUAAAUUUAAUCAAGAUAUACAUGUAUUUAUAUAUCCACCGGAUCAAAGUGGAUAUCCUUUUCCUAAAAUUUUAGUAUUUUUUAUUUAUUUCGUUUUUAACGGAUUUUCAUUUUUAAUUUUUGCUUUAUUCCAAAAGUUUAUAGACAUCAAGAUUUUCCCGAUCGGAUUAAAAUAAAUAAUAAAUCCAAUAAAAUUUAACAGAUAAAACAAGGGAUACAUUAACUUGAUAUGUUGGUAAAAUAAAAUAAAAAAUCAUAUUAACAAAUUGGAUAAUGAUAAAAAGAAAAAGUUAUAAAAACCUAUAUAAAAGGUGAUGUCUAGCUGGACAGAUAAAAAUACUGUGAAAGGUCCAAAGUUGUCGUCACGAUUGGAACAAAAAAUCAUUUAAAACUAAAGAGGAAAAAACUUGACGACCAACGUGCCGUUUGACAUGCACGACUAAUCAUUAAAAUCCUAAUGCACGUAUUAUCUCACCCACUAUAUAUUCUGGAAGAUUAUUUGGAUCUCUGCUCACACAACUAAUCCAACUCAUCUCUCUCGGACAUCUAUCUCCCCUCUCUCCCUUUGAAAAAACAAAGAUGGAUAAAUCAUCAAUCCAGUGCUUCUUAUUCAUACUUCUCACCAUCAUCGUCACCAUGAUUUCAUGUUCGAAUGCACAAAGAGAAGUUGAGGAUGAAAGUGAAUUUAGCUACAUGCGGAAUCAAGAGAACGGGCCAGAGAAAUGGGGGAAACUGAAACCGGAAUGGAAAAUGUGCGGAAAAGGAGAGAUGCAAUCUCCAAUUGAUCUUAUGCACAAAAGAGUUAGAAUUGUUUCACAUCUUGGAAGGCUUACUAGAAACUACAAACCUUCCAAUGCAACUCUCAGAAAUAGAGGCCAUGACAUGAUGGUGAGAUUUGAAGAAGGGUCAAGUAGUAUUAAGAUCAAUAAUGUUGAAUAUCAACUCCAUCAGCUUCAUUGGCAUUCUCCUUCUGAGCAUACGAUCAAUGGGAGAAGGUUUGCUCUGGAACUGCAUAUGGUUCACGAAAGCUUAAACGGAAGCUUGGCUGUAGUCACAGUACUUUACAAAAUCGGAAGGCCAGACUCUUUUCUCAACUUGUUGGAAAAUAAAUUGUCGGCGAUGACAGACCCCAAUGAGGAAAAAAAUAUAGGAAUGAUUGAUCCCAGGGGAAUUAAGUUUGGGAGCAGAAAAUAUUAUAGAUAUAUUGGAUCACUUACCAUUCCUCCUUGUACCCAAAAUGUUAUUUGGACCGUCGUUAAAGAGGUAAAGACUGUGGCAAGAAACCAAGUGAAACUACUCCGAGUGGCUGUUCACGAUCAUUCAAAUACAAAUGCAAGGCCGGUUCAACCUACAAAUAUGCGCGUGGUCAAAUUCAACAGACCAAAAUCUUGCUGAAGCAGAUACAAAUAUGAAAUAUGUUUUUAUAAAUUUGUUUUACAAUAAACAGUGCAAUAUUGUCAUAUUAUACUAAAUAAAGGAUGUGUUUCAUGAAUA